AUGAAAGUCCCUCCCAAGAAACCUCAUUUUUUCAAACCAAUUCUACCAGGAUUCAAAAAUGGACUUAAAAUUCCUAUAGGUUUCUUGAAGUAUUUGAAGAGACAUGAUCAAAAUGAACAUGCAAUAUUGAGAAGGAAGGGUAAAAAAUGGUUAGUGAAAGUGAAUGAUCGACGAUUAGAAAAGGGUAAUUGGAAAGAGUUUGUAGAGGAACAUGAUUUGCAAUUAGGAGAUUUGUUGAUUUUCAAAUAUGAAGGAGAUAUGGAAUUUGAAGUUUCCAUCUUUGAUUCAAGUCAUUGUGAUAGAGAAUACGUAGAGUAUCUUUACGAGGAUGAGGAUGAGGACGAGGAAGAGGAAGGGACUACUCAUGAUGACAAGUCUUUUGGUCAACCUCAUUUUGAAUGCAUUGUUAGACCAUAUUGCCUUUCGAAAGGUUUUAUGAUACUGCCUCAACAAUUUGCAAUUGCAAAUGGUCUCACCAACAAGAAGUGUGUGUUGAUUGUAAGAAAUGAAAGACAAAGGUCGUGGAAUUUAAAGCUAAGUUCCAGCAAUAUUCGAACUCGAGUCUAUAUUGGAGAUGGAUGGCGUAAAUUUGCUGAGGAAAACUUUUUAAAGGAAGGAGACCGUUUAAUGUUUGAGAUUGUUACUAAUGGAGAAACACCAAUAUGGAAAUUUCGAGUUGUUACUCAUGGAGAAACUCCAAUGAAGAAGUCUCAAGAUGAGGAUGAGGACGAGGACAAGGAUAAAGAUGAGACUACUUAUGACAAGUCUUUUGGUCAACCUCAUUUUGAAUGCAUUAUUAGACAAUAUUGUCUUUCGAAAGGUUUUAUGUUUCUGCCUCAACAAUUUGCAAUUGCAUAUGGUCUCACCAACAAGAAGUGUGCGUUGAUCUUAAGAGAUGAAAGACAAAAGUCGUGGAAUAUAAAGCUAAAUUCCUAUGGUAAUCGAACCUAUAUUGGAAAUGGAUGGCGUAAAUUUGCUGUGGAAAAGUAUUUAAAGGAAGGAGACCGUAUAAUGUUUGAGAUCGUUACUAAUGGAGAAACUCCAAUAUGGAAAUUUCGAGUUGUUACUCGUGAAGAAACUCCAAUGAAGAAGUUUCAAGACAUUAAGAAAAAGCCUCUGAAUGCACAAGCAUCUACUUCAACUUCUGGUGGUGAUGAUGAUCAUCCUUAUUUUGUUUCAACCAUCAAACCUUAUUGCAUCAGCAAGCCAAUUUUGUAUCUUCCAUUGGGUUUUGCAAAGUCAAAUGGAUUGACGAAUAGAAAGUGUGAGAUGAUUCUUAAAAAUGAAGCACAAAGAUGUUGGUCAGUUUGGCUUGGGAGGGAGUCACAUCAUUUUGGAAUUAUGAAUGGAUGGACAAAAUUCAGAGAAGAAAAUGGACUUCAAGUAGGAGAUGCUUACAAAUUUGAACUCAUCAAGAAUGGGAAAAUACCUAUAGCACAAUUCCAUUGCAAAUUUUCUGGAAAGGUUGCAAAGAGAGUGGAACAUUGA